GGUAAUUGGGAAGAGGUUUGUCCCAUGUCAACACCACGACAUAGUCAUGGCUCCGCAGUGCUUCAUAGCGAAUUGUAUGCAGUGGGUGGAUACAACGAAAAUUCUGGCGAACUUGGCUCUGCUGAAAAGUAUGACCUCCGUGCUAAUAACUGGACUUCAGUGGCUGAUAUGAGCGGUAGCCGAAGACUGGCUGCUGUCAAUGGAAAGUUGUAUGCUAUUGGUGGGAAUGAUCUUAGUUCUGUUGAAUAUUUUGAUCCUAACACGAACCAGUGGGAAUACCACAGUAACAUGAACAGCGACGACGCCUUGAUAUCGAAAGGAGAAGCAGGUUGCCUACAAAAUCAAAGUGCGGUCAGGAGUAUCAAGAGGGUUUCCCUCGCCUUCAAAAGAUAUCAAGACCACAAGUAA